GGUAUUCAUUAGUAGGUCCGAAUCUGUAACUGCUAUGAGGCGAAUUUAUGUGAACUUCAGAAUUAGUAAAAAAUAAAAAUUGUUCUAUGUUUAUUGUUAGUUGGAUGUAUGCAAUUUCUAAAGUAUAAAAAAUUAGUACUUGAAUCGUUAUUUAAUCGCAAAUAUGACGGAAUCUGGAAUUGAUUUGGGCUUUGAUAUGGAGUUUGAUCUAAAUAUAAGCUUGUUGAAUGAUAACGAAAAUAUGGAUUUCUUACCAAAUGUUACUGAGAAUAUGGAGUUCUAUGAAUUGAAAUCAUCAUCACGCUGUUUACGGCAUAAUGAAAUCAAACAGAAUAUAUCAAGCUCAGUAGACGGAAAAAAGACGGACAAAGUUUCAACCAUGAGAAAAAAAAAUUCAACAAAAGUUGAAAUGGAGAAAAAAGAAACGCUUUUGCCGAUUACAGAAAUGCGUGCUCUGGGAUUUCAAGAUUUCCUUAAGCGCGUACAGACGUUACAAAUGUCGCACAACGAAAGUCACGAUUUAGUCAAUGGACCAAAUAUCUGCAGUUCCAUGGAUAUUGAAGUCGGGGAAGAACCUCCUACGACAUCUUUUACCGAUAACAUAGAUAAAGCGUGUCCUUCACAAGUUCUGCGAUCAUCUGAUUGUGAUUGUGUGCCACUUUGUAUGACAAAUAUUCGUGUAACAGUUGGUAUUGACAAAGACUUAGAAAUGAUUCUUGAAAUGGAUCCGAGUAUUGUAGAUUUGGGUGAUAUUGCUGAAACUGCAGAGCCGCGCAUAGUGGGCUUACCUCCACUUCCGGGUGGACCUACAUUUAAAACUGCUACUCCCACUUCACGAACACAACUAAAACUGCAGCUACAACGGGAACAACAGCAACAAAUGAUGAUACAACAACAGACUCUAGACACUGCUAUGGACCCAAAAAUGCACCUAUUGUUUGGCAGUGGGCAGGGGCUCAUGGAAUCGGAAUUCAUUGACAGCGGUAGUACCAGUGCUUGUGGCAGCGGGUCAUCCAGUUUAGAACAAAUGUCUCAGUUAGUGCAAAUGGACAAUUUAAUUGAAUCGUCAAGUGGAGCCAAGCUUAAAGUUCCUCUUCAAAGUAUAGGAGUAGAUGUGCCGCCCCAAGUGCUGCAGGUCAGUACAGUGCUUGAAAACCCCACAAGGUAUCACGUUAUCCAAAAGCAAAAGAAUCAAGUGAGACAAUAUCUCAGUGAAUCCUUUAAGCCGUCUAUAUGGGGCAGUCAUACCAGCGAAAUAAAAUUAGCAAAUAAUUCGGUGUCAACGGUAAAUCUUCAAAAUUCAUCUUUACAGAAAGAUAUUUGCGACCCAUUGGAGCGUACAAACCGAUUUGGAUGCGAUUCGGCUGUGAGUGCUAAAAGAAUUAUGCCUUCCGAUGACGCAAUGCCAAUUUCCCCAUUCGGUGGUAGUUUUGUACGAUGUGAUGACAUAAAUCCAAUUGAGCCAACUAUAUUAGGACCUAAUAAUCAUGGUUCUGGGGAACCAGAAAAUGCACAUAGAACCGCCCAGUUGGGACUUAUUAAAGCUAAUUCAAGCCUAAGCUCAACGCGUUCUUCUUCAGGGAUUGUUAAUUCAAUUCGAAUUUCCAGUACAUCAAGUUCGUUACAGUCUACCUCAGCUCCUAUUUCGCCGAGCGUAAGUUCGGUUGCAACGAGUGUCUCUGAGCUACCAUCAUUCGACAGCGAUCCAGAUGACAUCUUUGAUGAUAUUUUACAAAAUGACUCUUUUAACUUUGAUAAAAACUUCAACUCUGAGCUUUCAAUUAAACAGGAACCUCAAAAUUUAACUGAUGCUGAAAUGAAUGCCCUAGCCAAGGACAGGCAAAAGAAAGACAACCACAAUAUGAUUGAGCGAAGGCGACGCUUUAAUAUAAAUGACAGAAUAAAAGAGCUUGGUACCCUUUUGCCAAAGGGCAGUGAUGCUUUUUACGAAGUGGUUCGAGAUAUUCGUCCAAAUAAGGGGACAAUAUUGAAGUCCUCUGUUGACUACAUUAAAUGCUUGAAACAUGAAGUGACUCGCUUAAGACAAAAUGAGUUACGUCAACGUCAAGUAGAGUUACAAAAUAGAAAGCUCAUGUCUCGAAUAAAAGAAUUGGAAAUGCAGGCCAAGUCCCAUGGAAUUACGUUAUCAGAAAACCACUUAACAUCACUAUCAGCGCCUACUCAACCUUAUCUUAAAAGUUUUAGCCUGUCGCCUACUGCUUCUCGGAGUCGUCGAUCACUAUUUGACAAACCUGUUGAAAAAAAAAUACAAGUUAUUGAUGGUGUCGAUGGAAAUAUAAGAAUGAAUCAGAUUGACGAGUUUAUGGAUGAUUGCAAGUAUGCAGUCCAAAGCGGCGAUCCGAUGUUGUCCUCGCAUAGUCACAUGGAAUCCGCGCCACAAUCACCGAGUUCAAAACAAUUGAAUAGUGCAAGUUUUGAACCAAAGAAUUUUUCGGAGGCUGAUGAAAGCCUUUUUAGAGGCAAAUCAAGUUUAGCAUCAGGUGACUGUUGCGGUAUUAGUUGCAGUACUUCGUGCUAUAUUCAACACCAAUUGCCAUCGCGUGAUGGCUAUCCAAAUCAUUCUCACCACACGGGUAUACGAGAAAUUCGUAGUUUGUCUGAUUCGGCUCAGAACUCAGAGUUUAGUAGGCUUGAGCAUUGCGAUGAUCCACUUCUCUCAUCUUCCCAUAGGUCACUUGGCACAGUAGACGAAGAUCAACAUAAUUCAGUUGAUAUGUCCGCAGUCAUGGUACAUGACUCCCUAUCCGCUUUGGUAGAUGACAACAAUAGCGAAACAAUGGUUCUUGCAUCUGACACAUUGGAUAUUGAGUUAUAAAUGAUCAAGUUGUGAAAAUUCGAUAUAAUUUUUUGGAGGAAUUAUGUUAAAUUCUACAAGGCUUAAAAGGUCAUAUCCUUUACAGUUUGUCAAACUCAGUGAACUUAAAAUAACAUGCGCUGUUAUAUGUGUAGACCGUUUAUUUCAAUUCAUACUAUUGAUUCACUGAACAUUACGUUUACAAAUGUAUUAUGAUAAAAUCGACUUAACGCUAUCUAUGUAUAAACGGUAUAACCAAUCACCAUAUUAAAUUUGUUACCUUAGUUUUAGUAAAUGGAAACUGUUAGACUGUGACGAAACAAAUAUAUGUAUCAACACUUACUUCCAAGAACUACAUAGGCACAAACAAAAUAUACCGAUGAGAGAAAAGAAAUUUUAAGUUUUUAAGUUAUUGUGGAUCUUUUGAUAAGAUUUGUUAUUUUCAGCUCAUAUGAUUUGAAAAAAAAAAAACGCAAUAAAAAUGGUCAAAAAUUACACCAUUUUACCAUUAAUCUUAAUCAUCAGGUAUAAUUUCAGAGCGCCUUCCUAUUCAAAUAAGGAGUUGUGAUAAUUGUGUGUAUUAACAUUGACAAAUGUUUUAUGUAUAAAAUAAGUAAAAGAUUCCUUAAAUAUUGAAUAUAUUAAUUUUGUUCGGCUUAAUAUAUACUACCAAAAUUUGAAUAAAAUGACUAGUGCUUAUCCCA